CUGCUGUAUGACUCCGCGUCCGGGCGCUGGCGGUGACUGAAUCGAGCGCACCUUCGUCUGGUCGCGUGAAGGCGGCGCUCGCGGACCCGGGCUGGGCCUCGCCUUUGUUGGUCUCAGAGAGAAGAUGGCUCCCGUCCUGGAGAAACAGCUCCCGGUCUCCGCUGGGACAGGCGACAACAACAAUGAAGACGAAGAGGGUCAAAACCUCUGGUCCUCUAUACUAAGUGAAGUUUCUACAAGAUCGAGUUCAAAAUUACCAUCAGGGAAAAAUAUUCUGAUCUUUGGUGAGGAUGGAUCAGGAAAAACAACACUUAUGGCCAAACUUCAAGGAGCAGAGCACAACAAAAAGGGGAGGGGGCUGGAGUAUCUAUACUUAAGUGUUCACGAUGAAGACAGAGAUGAUCUCACACGGUGCAAUGUUUGGAUUUUGGAUGGAGACCUUUACCACAAGGGUCUGCUUAAGUUCGCGGUUUCAGCUCAGACCUUACCUGACUGUUUAGCUAUAUUCGUCGCGGAUAUGUCACGCCCAUGGACCAUUAUGGAUUCGCUGAAGAAGUGGGCGAGCGUGCUUCGCGACCACAUAGACAAGCUCAAGGUUCAACCAGAGGAUAUGAGAGAAAUGGAACAGAAAAUGGUAAAAUCGUUUCAAGAGUACACAGAACCAGAGGAGGCCAGCCCGUCCUCCCCACAGAGGAGGGCUCCAGCUGGGCCGGAGGAUGAAGCGGUGGUGCUGCCGCUUGGAGACAACGUACUCACACACAACCUGGGCAUUCCAGUGCUAAUAGUUUGCACAAAGAGUGAUGCUGUCGGUGUAUUGGAAAAGGAGCAUGACUACAGAGAUGAGCACUUUGAUUUCAUCCAGUCUCACAUCAGACAGUUUUGUCUACAGUAUGGAGCUGGUUUGAUCUACACUUCAGUCAAAGAGGAAAAGAAUCUGGAUUUGCUUUACAAAUAUAUCGUUCAUAAAUUGUAUGACUUCCAGUUCACCACACCUGCCUUAGUGGUGGAGAAAGAUGCAGUGUUCAUUCCCUCUGGUUGGGACAAUGAGAAGAAAAUUGGAAUUUUGCACGAAAACUUGUCAACAGUUAGACCAGAAGAUCCUUUUGAAGAUUUUAUUACAAAGCCACCAGUGCGAAAGCUGGUGCAUGACAAAGAAAUCUGUGCAGAGGAUGAGCAGGUUUUCCUCAUGAAGCAGCAGUCGUUACUAGCAAAGCAGCCUGCCACACCGACAAGAGGAGCCACAGAGUCUCCAGCCCGGACAGCCUCAGGUUCACCCAGACCUGCGGGACGAGGCCAGACUGGUGUCAGUGCUGCGUCUAUGGCUGCCGUCAAGAAGCCUGAUCCAAACAUGAAAGCAGGUGCUGCCAAUGAGGGAGUGCUGGCUAACUUCUUCAACAGUCUGCUGAGUAAAAAGACUGGGGCUCCUGGGAGCCCAGGGACUCCGGUCGGAGCUGGAGUACAAGGCUCUGCCAAGAAAACAGAAGCCGGGUUUGACUGACGUCCAGGCAGAGUUGGACAGGAUGACACGAAAGCAGGACUCCAUGGUUUCAUCGAACAACGUACCGCCGCCGGAGAGUGAAGCGUGAAGGCAACAAAUCAGCUGCAUCAUCCACAGCGUUAAUUCUCUGGAAGAUAAAUGUAUAUGUGAGCAUUCAAAAAAUGACCAAAUUCCCAAUUCUUAUAACAGACGGCACACAGUGGUUUGGACAAAAUGAGUUUAGGAGGCGAUCGAAUGUGAUAAUGGGAGAGCAGAGAGAGAUUAGAGACACAAGUGUUGACGAGGAAAUCAUGCUUGGCUUUCUUCCUGUCCUCUCGUCAACUGUAAAUGUCAUUUUGUGAGGGAUGUCAGUUUGUGGAAAUGUGUGCACACUCCCUGGCAACAGGCCCGAUGCACUGGACUGCAGAUCGCUAAGGUAAAACCGCUUUUACCCUCAGAGUAAAAGAGUGGAAAUACCACAUACUGUCCUGUGGCCUCUGGUUCAUCUUAUGUUAUGGAAGGAAUUUAGUUGUGAUUGGAAAGGUAUUUAAAAUCUUACUAUUCACUUAGAAAAGAAAUUAAAAUAUUUGCAAACAUAUGUAGUAUGUACAAAAAAUGUUGGAUAUACUUAUGUAUUUAUACAAAGUUCUUUUUAUUUUAUUUUUGUUCACCAUUUAUUGGUUUAAACAUUCAUCUGUGUAACACUUUAAAAUGCCACUGACGUCAUGACACUAAUGACUAGUCCAGACAGUGCACCAUAUCAGUCCCUCGCCAUCUCAAAGGAUUCUGUAAAUAUACUUUGAAAAUCUAUUCAGGUUAACUUUGAAAUUUCAAGGAUGCAAUUGUUUUUUUGAAUUUCAGCUUAGACUAAAUGAGACUAGUAGGUAUUCGAUAGGCCAGAGUUUGCAACAAAAUGACUUCUUCAGCUUGUGCUGUGUAUAUUUGGGGAGGGAACUGGGCAGCGUCUUUCCUACUAUUACUCCCAAGUGCCUCGCAGAGUUAGCUGGUUUUGUCAUUGUGGAGGUGCUUUAAGGAAAUGCACUGUAGCGUUAUCGGUUAAAGGUUUGUCCUUUUCUUGUCAUACAAAUAAUUUAUUUCUUUUUACAUUAUUGUCGAUGUGCAAAAAGCCUCUUUUAUUUUGAAAUGAUAUCUGUGGCCUAUAAAUCUGAAAACUGUAGAGAAAUAGAUAGAUGCCUUCAAGCAAACUGCUGAUACUGUAUUAUAAGAAACCACGUGGUCUGCAAUUGAACACUUAAAACCACUCGCUUUGCAGCCAAAAUAACUAUAUCAGUGAUUAGCUGUGGUUAAAUCAGAAUAUGAUAUAAAAGGCGUAGUAUUUUGUGGCUUAGGAUUUUCCAUACUAUUCAAACUGUACCCCGCAUGACAGUUGAACAUUCCCAAAUGAUGUAGCUGCUGUAGGAACAUCAGUGUAGGAUUUUUGAGCUUUUUUGUUUUGUGCCCUUUUUUCAGUAUGACCAUUGCCUUCACUGUACUGCUCAGUCUCACGCUGGCACCUUGCCUUCACUUCUAUUGAUAUCUGUCUUCUGAAAAGCGAAUCUGUUUUUUUUUUUUUUUUUUACAAUUUUAUCAUAUCAGCUAUAAAAGGUUUACAACACCAUAAUGUCAUAAGGCAACUUAAUAUGCAAAACUUUGCUUAAUCUUGUGGAUGUUAAAUGCCACUUUCUUGCAAAUAGAAACAGAAUGGGUACACACACACACACACACACACACACACACACACACACACACACAGUCGUCAAAAAUGACAUGUAACCAAAGACAAAUCUAAUUUGUUCUGUUUUACAUCCAUAUGAUUAAUCUGUUUUGUCCUUUGCUUGAUCAGAGCCCAGGCACCAGGUCUCAGCCUCAAUGUGCUGCUUCCACCACCAUAAACUCUUAGCCCCAUGUACCUGUUUAUACAAUUGAAAUUACAAAUCGACUUAAGAGCUUAUUCACCCCACGUAUGUUUUUGUCGUUAGAGAUUGUAAACCAGAAAAAACAAACUGCCCCCUAAGUUGGUAAAGCACAAUUUAAACAUCCAGAUUAGCACUUUGCCUGGGCACUUCACUUUGACAUUGUGUAUAACUUUUCUUUUUCUUUUGCCUUGCCAUGUGGUAAAGUCAUUUAUAGAGAUGUUUUUAUGUUUUAUCAUUGACUCACGAUUACGUCAAAUGCAUUUGCCUCUGAAAUCUUCUGAAAAGUGCAAAUACAAAUGCACAGGGUUAAGGAAACGAACAGAAUUAAAGCCCAUUAUUUUUGGUUUAUUCAAAACUGUAAUUUCACUGUUUCUUUUGGCCAACUGUUCCAACUAUUAGUAAAAAGUCAUCCCCGGUUUAACUUCCAUAUUUCACUGUUGAAUUUGGCGUUCAGCUGAGUGGAAUGAUGUGCUCCUGUGCGGCGCACUUUGAAAGUUGCACUUGCUUUUUGUACAGUUUGGACUAAACCAUGAUCAGCUCUAACUUUUAUACUCAAUACUGUUGGAACUGCCUCUUCCUAACUCGAUUGCCUUCGACCACUAUUGACUGGCGUCUACACAUCACUUAACGGGCUAAAGCACCCGCUUCAGCCUGUUUUAUUCAGGAUAAGUCCAUUUUAAGCACAUGGCUGGUUUUUCUGUCCUGAAGUUUGAUUGUAAAACACUUGCGUCGCUUGUGAGCAGCAGCCAUGUGGAUUCUAGCUUAUGCUUCAAAGAAACCAUGUUAAUCAGACCCCCUGGCUUCAAUAAAACCAACAAUACAAA